AUGUUACGAUCGACGAGUCGGAUACCCAUUGGAAAGCUACUAUCAAGAAGAAUCCAUCAUCAAACCAAUGGGUUGAUUGUCAGUUCAAAAGAUGUAAUUCCAUCGAAAAAUGUGUUGCCCAGACAGCAAAAACGUCAAAUUCUGUUCAAAAUGGGGAAUGAGACGCCAGCAAGGGUUGUGGGAUAUUAUGUUGUAUUUCCCGUAAUUCCGGAAGAGACUGUAGAGAACAACUGUUUCAUGUGUAACAUUGCGAAAAGUGAAGAUUGGCCGAAAUUGGCGACCGCGGAGCCCAGAGAAAUGUACGAGGGAACUGUGAGAAUGCUCAUGGACUACGGAGCCACUGUAAUGGAACAUAUGGAGCAUUUGGCGACUUUGCCAGCCGAAGAUCGAAAAUUCGAGAACGUCGUCGAUCCGCUGCUCACCGAGGAGUACGAUGUGAAUUUUGCGUUUCAGACGCUCGUGCUGAAAAUGCUCACUGAUUGGCCAGAUUGUAAUAGGAAACUUUUUGAUGCCGAUCUUCAUCAUAUCAAAAUCAUGUGCGCUCGUGACCAAAUGGAAAAAUUGACGAAUAAAGAUUUCCAAGAUGCCAUUAAACAGCUUUACGAGUCCAAAGAAAACGGACUCUCCGAGUGGCAAUCCAGACUUCUUGAGUGGUAUUUGCUGGAGAUCAAAGCUUCCGGCCUUGACAAACACGAUGAUAAGACCCGAAAAGUGCUCGGAUCAUGGAGCAAAUUCAUCGAUGAGUAUAGGAGCAAGUACAUCACCGGCGUGAUGUCUACCAACGAUCAGCAGACGUUCGUUGUGAACGAUAAGAAAAUCAUCAAGGAUGCUCCACCGCACAUUUUGCAAAAGCUAGCUGUCGAUGAACAAAGCUGGGAAUCAGGACCAUGGCGUGGCCGUAUGACACCCCACACCAUCUACCCCUUCAUGCAGUACUGUGGUGAUCGACAACUCAGAGCGACGGCGUGGGAGAAAUGGACGAGUAAAGCUGGCUUCGAUCACGAUUUCUACAAUAAUUCUAUCAAUAUUGAAGAGUUGAGACAUAAUAACGAAGGACUAGCCAAAACGCUUGGCUAUGCUUCGGUUGCCGAGCAUCGAUUGGCUAAUAAAAUGGCGGCGUCGCCAGACACUGUUAGAGGAUUUAUCAAUGCUCUGACCCGCCGCAUCCGUCCUGUCGUAAUCGAUCGAAUGGAAUCCUGGUCUGCCUGGGCGUCCCGCUGUGAGCUAAUCACCGGAGAGCUCCAAGCCUACGAUAUGCCAUACGUCUGCAGAAAAGAAGCUGAACAUCACUACGACGUCAACCCAUUGGACCUGAUGAAUCACUUCCCAUUCUGGCCCACAUUCCAAAACAUCGUCGGAGUCGUUGGCCAUAUUUUCAAUUUGGAAUUCAAGGAUAUCACUGAUAAGGGAUACGAGAAAGCUCAUGCUGACGCCAGAAUCUAUUCUGUUGGAGACAAGUUCAGUGGUCAACACUACGGCAGGCUGUACAUCGAUCCGUAUGAUAGACAGAAUAAACGAGGUGGAUGGAAUGUGAUGUUGGCAAGACCAGAGUCAAAGGAACGGGGAUUGGAUAAGAUUGUGUACUUCAUUGGAUCGGCAGUGGCACCAACUGCGAAUGGACCUUCUCUUCUGCAUCAUCAACAAUUACAACAGUUGCUUUUCCAUUUCGGUCGAAGUGUUCAACUGCUUCUCUCCCAAUCGCCAUACCGUGACAUCGCCAUCCCAUGGUCUCCAUUCUACGCCUCCGACUGGGACGCUGCUGACAUGUUCCCUACGUUCCUCCAGAUGUUUGUGACGAAACCAAACCUCCUGGCUACCAUCAGCUCCCCACACAUCAUCACCAAUCAACCACUCACCGAAGAGCACGCCAACUCAGUAGCCCUGACCAUCUCAAGAGCAUCACUCUGGGAGACCUACCGUACCUUGUUCUGGAGUGACUUUGAUUUGUCGAUUUACGAGAUGGAGGAUCGAAAACAAAAGUUCUGGUUGGACAUGUACAAACAAAUGUAUGAGGAGUAUUUCCCGUUCAAGAGAAACAAGAAUGACUAUCAGCCGUGCUCGUUUACGCCGAUUUUUGCUCUUCAACCACAUAUGAGCAUGUAUUAUAGGAAGUUGUGGGCAGAGAUGCUUGCGUUGGACAUUCACGAGACAUUUGAUGAGGAAGACAACGAGGUGCAAACCGGAGAACGACUGAAAACGACAGUUCUGAAUAGAGGAAGUGGUGACGUGGCGAAGGAGUUGUUCAAGCGAUUCCAAGGCCGAAAUCCAUCAGUCGGAGCGAUUUGCGAUCACUACGCUCCACCGUUGACACUUCAGGAGGGAAUGAAAUCCAUGUCAUCUGGCCCGGCAGCCGCUGGCUCGUCAUCGGUUAACACUGAAACACAGGUUGUCGAUGAGAUUCCCGAGGCACUGAACACGAUUCUGCUGAUGGUGGUGAAGAAUUUCUUCUCGAAUGAGCACUUCCUAAUCGUGUACCACAUAAUGCGUGCUCAGUGCAUUCGAGAAGAGAAUCUGAAAGCACGUCUUCAGUUCGAUCAGAAGCAGUUACGACAACUUAUACAGCAACUGAAACACGAGAAACUGGUCAAAGAGCGGAUAUUUACACAGAAGAACGAGAACAACCGGACGGUCUCCAUCCUGUUCUACUACAUCAAUUAUCGAGCCGUGUUGAAUGUGGUCAAGUACAAAAUUGAUCAUAUGAGACAAAAACUGGAAUCUCGCGAGCAAAUGGACACGAAUCGAGCUCACUACAAGUGCAACACGUGUCAGAGUACAUAUGAUUUACUAGACAUUGGUAGAAUACUGGAUCCUGAAACUGGUCGACUCAUUUGCUGGAGGUGUCAUGGAGAAGUGCAAACUGAUGAAUCAGCGGUGCCGUCGAGGACAACAAGGACCGCCGUCGCUCGAUUCAACGAACAAAUGAACACACUCUACUCGCACAUCUGCGCUCUAAACGGCAUCCAACUGGCUCCACAUCUUCUGGAACCGGAUAUAGCCAAAUAUCUGGAAGACGACAAAGCCGCGGCUCUUCAACUACAACAACAAAUGGAUUUCACGUCUGGAGGAGGUGGUGGAGGUGCCAGAAUUCAGUUGGGUGGUGUUGCACACUCUUAUCACAAUGCGGCGUCGAUCAAUUAUGCGAAUGGGGAUUCGGUGUUUGUGGAUUUGAAUGCGGAUCAUACAAAGGGACCUGUCGAGGAAGCGAAGAUCAUACCUGAAUGGCUGAAGGACACUGCUAUAGGUGGAGAAACAUCACACAAUGAUAACAUUUUGGAUCAAGCCACAACCGAUGAAGACGAUCCAUCACUGACCCAACGUCGCUAUGGACCAUCUAUAGAAUACUUGAAGGAAAUCGAGUGCGACGACAACUAUUCAGAUAAGAAACCCAUCAAAAUCGAGGAACCCCCCGCGAAACAGAUGAAACUAGAAGAAGGAGCGGUGCCACCAGAUGAGGAGGUCAAGGUGAAAAUGGAGGUGGACGAUGAGCAACAUCCUGAUGACGUGGCUAAAUUCGAGGAGGAAGAAUGCAUGAUACACGUGGCAGGACGCACCGUCCCGUUGAGUCAAGUGACACCGAAAAUGGUUGAGGAGGAGAUGAAUGAGCGAGAGCAAGAGGAGUACUGUACUGCCGUGCAGGACCUUUUCGCCUUGUUCUUCACUCAACAGUGCUCGGUUUAUUGA